GGCGCGCCCUUCGACUCGUCGCGGGGCCGCGGCACGGAGUUCACGUUCCGCGUCGGCGCGCGCCACGUCAUCCGCGGCUGGGACACGGGCGUCGCGACGAUGAAAGUCGGCGAGCGCGCGUACCUGCUCCUCGCGCCGGACUACGGCUACGGCGCGGCAGGCGCCGCCGACGUCAUCCCGCCGGGCUCCUGGCUCCUCUUCGACGUCGAGCUCUGCCGCAUCCAG